GAGUUUCAAACUAUCUUCAUACCAAAUUGUGAAGAAUUUCAGAUCGGUUCAGAGGUUUAAGCCUAAACGCGUUAUAGACAGACAUACGGAGUUACUUUUGCAUAUAAUUUUAGUAGGAAUAAAUGUACGAAAGUUAAAAAGUGCGCAAUUUAAAUUUACCCCACUGUAGGGUAAAUUCUCCGCGUCGGCAACACUGCAAUCGACCGCAGUGCGCGGGGCGGGAGGCAGGGCGCUGUCAAAUCGAAUUAUACUCCUUGAUUUGCAAUUAUGCGUUUAUUUUACGAGAAAACGCUUAAAAAACUAAAUAAUAGCGUCGCUUAAUUAAUAUAACUGUUAAUUUUCCCGCGACGGUCGCCGCAAUCGCUUGAAAAGUGCAAUGUUUGGUAUUAAAAUAUGUGCCGUGUAUAAACUCUGGUUUCUAUUUUUGUUUUGUAGCCCAGUUUAACGUUAAAUAAUGUUUUUUGUGCCGAAAUGAUGUUUCGUAAGCGUUUUUUUAGUAUUUAUAACAGUUUGAGACAGUUCCGUGCGCUUACCGACGCGUAAAUAAACGAGAAUGUCGAUCAAGCUUUCGAUUUUUGCCGUGCCAACUUGAAGUACAAAAUUGUCCUACUUUAGUGCCAAAAAUAGUGAAAAUAAACACAAUCCAACUUCAAAAUCAGUGUAAACGUGGCUGUGAGUUGCAUUAAGACUUCCAUAGACUAUUUUCUUACCUCAAUCCACGCAUUAAUCAUUAAAAAAAAAUACAAAAAAGUAUAAAUAGCGGGAAUAAUACAGGACUGGAGUUUUGAAGUGUGUGAAAAAUAUUAAAGUGAAAAAAUUUAAAUAUGAUCUGGAGGAUAUGAGGCGAGUUUUCGGGGUUUGUUCGGAGAGCUGGUACCUGUGUGGACAGAAUGGCUCCCCUCACGGCUCCGUGAUGUCCUGCCAGUCGCUGGCGGCGCGAGCGUUCGCGGAGCCAGACAAAUCUGAGGCGCACUGCUCUGGCUUCCACAGGUCGGUUCGGUUCAGUUCGGAGUCCCGGAGCUCGACGCGCGCCUCUAACGAUGUGGACUGCAAGAGGGAGACGCCGGGGUCGAUAUCGCUGACGGCGUUGUCGCUGACGCCGGUGUCCGGCGGGGCCGCCAUGAGUCAGUCGGCGCCCUCCAGCAGCGGGUUUCCCGACGCCGACACGCCACCAUCGCCGGCCUCCUGCCGCUUCCCGAAGCUGGAAGAGUGUGCACACUUCCACUACGAGCGCGUGUGCCUCGGCGGCCUCAGCGUGGCGCUGGGGCCGGCGCAGGAGCCCGCGGACUCGCCGCAGGGAGAGGGCUGGAUAUCCCUGAAGGUCCGCUCCCACGUGUCGUGGCGCGACAAGUCGUCCAGCAGAGCGCUGCACUGCUCGUGGUCCGAGGCCAGCGACGUGCGCGAGUGGACGCUCGCCAGGAACGCGGACCACUGUCGGCAGCUCGACGACAUGCUGCACAGGUGUAUAUACGACCGAAAAGUCUCCGGCCUGCCCAACCUGACCGAGAAGAUCAACAGCUCUCUAGACGAGACGGAAUACAGGAGUCUAAUAGCUGACUAUAUGCACCACCUCUCCAUUAUAGCGGACGACUCCAUCAACUGUGGACCUGUGCUUAAUUGGUUGCAAAUGGACAAUAAAGGCCACAAGCUUUUAGUAGCCAAUGAGGAUUCCAGUUCUAUAAACACGCCCGCCGUCGCCGCCGCCUAUUCGGUCCGGAAAUAUGUCUCACAGGCAAGGGACGAAAUCAGCUUCGAAGUAGGCGAUAUGAUCUCAAUAAUAGACAUGCCUGGUCCUCAAGAGUCAACAUGGUGGCGGGGCAAGCGCGGGUUUCGUGUCGGCUUCUUCCCGCACCACUGUGUGGCUGUCAUCGGAGACAAGGUCCCCAGGCACAUGACACAGCCUCCCCCUAUAGUCGGAUCUGUAGCAGUAGCCCCAAUAAAGCCGGUCCUUCGAAAACACGGGAAACUUAUCUCCCUGUUCCGAAGUUUCAUCCUGUCCCGUCCUUCGAGGCGGCGGCUCAAACAACAGGGCAUUCUGAGAGAGCGAGUGUUCGGCUGUGACCUCGGGGAGCAUUUACUCAACUUCGAACAUGAUGUGCCCUUAGUGCUAGUGGAAUGCGCCAGGGCUAUAGAAGCCCGAGGAGCCGUGGAUGGAAUCUAUCGUCUGUCCGGAGGCUCCGGGCUCACACAGCGACUGCGUGCUGCCUUUGACAGCGGCGAAGCUCCUGAAUUGCCACAGGACCCGCACGCCACAGCAUCCUUGCUUAAGAUGUACUUUAGAGAGCUGCCGAACCCGCUCUGCACGUACCAGCUAUAUGAAAGUUUCGUGUCGGCCGUCCAGACAGAGGAAUCCAAGCGGCUCAAGGCGGUCAGAGACGUCGUGGUCAAAUUACCACCACCACACUAUCGAACACUAGCAUACUUAAUGCGUCACCUCCGGCGCGUGUCGCUGCUGGGCGACGUGACGGGCAUGACGGCGCGCAACAUGGCCAUCGUGUGGGCGCCCAACCUGCUCCGCUCGCCCCGCCCGCAGCACGCCUUGCAACACGUGUCGGUGCAGGCGGUGGUUACGGAAUUCCUGAUCUGUUACGCGGAGGAACUUUUCGCUGAGGAGCAAGAUUGGGAUUCCGGACCGGAAUCGCUGAAUUCGGAGCAGCUGGAACAAGUCGAGUUGAGAGGUCACGAUUCAUGCCGACGUCCGAAGAGUUUGCCACUCAACCCGCCUACAAAAUUACUCAGCCUGGAAGAAGCCCGGCGCCGCGAGAAAUGCACGUCCACGGUGCAGAGCCCGCGCCUGCCGCCGCCGUCCGGCGCCAUCGCGGCCGCCGCCCGCGCCGCGCCGCCGCUGCGCCCCGCCUCGCACCUGCGGCCCAAGUACAUCGAGGUCGGGUCUGGGCCAGACAACCUUCCACAGUACCACACCGUACUGGAUCUUCCGCUAUCAGGAGCGAAGCGAGGCCUAAAGCGGUCUCCGUCAGGCUGGCGGGGCCUGUUCUCGCGCAGCAAGCUGCAGCGGCACAAGGCGGCGCUGAGGCCGCAGGUCGCGGCGCCGGCACCCGUCCCUGUCGAGUGUUCGCAGGACAUACCGAUGGCCCCGGCCGGCCUGCGGCCCGUCAAGUCGUGCGAGUCGCUCGCCUCCGACGGCGACACCGUGGCGCCGCUGGCGGACCGCGCCGUCAGGCCGCUCAAACACCACGCCAGGUCCUCGUCAUGCGACUCAUACUUCGAGCCGUGGCAGGCCGAGCUAGCGGACAUGAGGCUGCGCCUCUCACCUCAGGAGAGAGACAGACAUAUGUUCAGCGAGGAGGACGACACGCACUGUAUACCGGCCCAGGAUGACUCCCUGUGCUCCUCGCCGGCCGGGUCGGGCGCCGCCAGCGCGGAGCCCAGCCCGAGGCGCCCCCUGCGCGUUGAUGUGGACGCUGCCAACGAGCUUGCUGAGAGGAAACGAAGCGCCCUGGAGGAGCAGUUGGCCGGCAUCGGCUACAUCGACGGCGACUCGCCGCGCGCCAAGCCCGCCGAGAAGCGCCACUCCGCGCGCCGCGACAACCUCGCCAAGCGCCUGUGCAAAGACCGCGAUAGUCCCACCGCCAGCUCGGACUUCCAGAACUCGACCGGCAGUGUCAAAAUGAGAGAACGUACCUCGCCCAAAAAGUGCAAGUCGGCUCGCUACAGCAACCUCCACCAACCAGACGACGUGACCGUCUCGAGGCUCAGCUGGCACGGGAAAGACCAUUCCACUCUCAUCAAAAUAGACUGGCCUGUGGACAACUCUAUUAGCAACCUCACUAGCUCUACUCUAAAUACUCCUAUAACCCCCGCUACCCCAGUAUAUGAUCCCUUAGAGAGCGAUUCCGAAGUCAGUGAGAGUAAUAAACAGACUAUCAAAAUUAAUAAUUGUGACAAUUGCGAUGAGGAAAAAUGCCUAAAAUGUGAGUUGAAAGCGGCGGAUUAUGAAAAUAUUAAAGUUGAAGAUUAUACAGAUACUUUGAAAGAUAGCUUGGAAGCUAGUCCAGCUAACUCUACUAAUAUUAGCUAUCAUAAUCUCAAUAGAUUAUCAGCUGUAUCUUCGUCUACAUCAGAAGGUACAGGAAAGAAAGAGGUGUCGUAUGAAAACUGUGAUAUGAAAGUCAUGACUUCUUCACAUGAAAGCUCUUCAAGCUACAGCAACGUUAGUCCUAAACCUGAUGAACUUUACGAAUGCUACAGCUUUAGUCGUCCCAACUAUAUAAAUCUACAGUCUUCCAGCUCUAAAAGCUCUCCUGGCAGCCCUUUGAAAAGCCCUUUAAAAAGCACUAUUAGUAUCACCUUUAGAUCGCCUACUAAAAAAUCUCCCGACUACGAACCUAUAGAAAAUGAUACUCCAACCAAUGAAAGGGACUCAGUCUAUGAAGAUAUAGACUUAGAGAAGAAUUUGUCUAUUGUUGAGGAAGCUACUAUACCGGAAGCGGAUGCAAGUCUACCAACCCAACAAGCGUGCCAACCUCAUAGCUUUACUGAAGAUCUAAUCAUUCUAGAAACUCCGACAGACUCUGAUGUAGAUAACACAGAUGUGUACAGCCAAGUUAAGUUCUUCAAGAAAAGUAUAGAAGAAGUCAACGCUAUGAUACUAGAGUCACCUCCCAAGGAAACCCACUAUGAAAACAUUUCUUUUGAAGGUCGACAAUAUGAGAAUGUCGAGAUAAAGGGUGCACAAGAAAACGGUAACAUUAUUAAACCAAAAGAAACUCUAAAUGUAAGAGAACUGGCGAACAGAUUUGAAAGUCCGACCGAACAGAAGGGGCCUUUCUUCGAAAAGUUUAAGACUGAAGUCAAAUAUCCUGACAAAGAGGAAUCUCUACCUCCGCCAUCGCCUAAAUGCUACAAAUUAUCUAAAAAUUCAUCCAACGCUAGAUCUUUAGACGAAAACGCUUUUAUAAAAGAGUUCGCUCCGGAAAAGAAUUACGUCGAUAGAAGAAAAAGUCUAGAAGUCAAAGACGUAAAAAAGCAAAGCAAAUUCCUACCAGAUUUAAAUCUCAAUUUAAACAUGGAGGAAGACAAACAAGCAACUACACCUACUACUGAAAAUAAGAUAUCUUUAAUACAAAGAUUCGAUACUAAAAAAGACAUAAAAAAUCUAAUAGGAUUCGAUACAGAAAAGAAACUAAGUAGAGAAAGAAUAGAAAAAUACAAAGAGGAACGUAGAAAUUUCCUAAGAGAGAAAUAUAGCUCUCAAUCUUUUAGAAGUAACCCUGAACAGCUCACGAGGGUUAAAGUAAAAAAAGAGGAAGCGAGUCCAAAGUUUGAGAGAAGGAACACGGUAGACUUGGGACAGAGGAUGAGGUUCUCACUUGCUAGAAGUAGUCAGCAGCUGGACUCCAUCCCCUCCCCCACUAGCCCCGAGGGGGCGGACAGCAGCGCUGGUCGCCAUUUUGAAAGGAAAGAGAAGAUGUCCCCGUCGUACAACAUUCGAGACAUGGCCGCCAUCUUUGAGCAGAAGACGCAGAAUAGCGGCUGAACGACAACGUGUCGUCGUGUCGUCGACAUAUGGACGACAACGUGUCGUGACUUGGUAAUACCGACGUGGACCUGUCAGUUAUUAACACUGUUUAACUGUCCAAUAAUGCAAAUCCGUUUUAAGUUAGAAGUGUCUGACAAUUUUUUUUUAAUUCUGUAGAAAAUCUAUAUUAUUUAACUGCGGAAAUGCGCUAGGUACGCUAUAUUUUCGCUCCAUAUGGGAAUAGAGAAUAUUACGCAAGACUGCGCAGGGGGCGCCACUAGCACAAACCGUAAAGAAACCGAUGCAACACUGUUUUAUUUAUUCGUAACUCAAAUAAUCUGUAAAAAAUUGACAAAUAACUGUUUAAAGCAUAGUAUGUAUAUGUUACUCUAUGGUUUACGGUUUGUGCUAGUGCUGCUUCUGGCGGCAGAACAUUUCAGUAUUACUUCCUAUUAAGAAACUGUUUCAUCAAAUAUACAAAAUCUCUGAUUAUAGAUCGAUGGCGUUAAGUUUCUGAAUCUCAAAAAAAAAUCUCUAGUGUACAUUUUGUGUAAUAUUAACUUUGGAUUCGGUCCUACAGUCGGUUGGACAUUUGACCAGUGCGUCGCGCUUAUUGUUAUUAUGUACUGUGAAUAUAACUAAUACUCUACUCAUUGUGAAUACGUUUGUAUGUAUUAUUUUAAAGUUCUCGCUAGAUUGCUUAUUCAGAGUAUAAUAUAUUGUAUAUUGUCCGCUGAGUGUAGAGAGUUUCGGUCAUUGACCCUUUGCAGAGACAAGUAAUGUUUAAAGACUGGUAAUCUCCGUUAGCGCCAGUAUUUUUUAUGAUAGACGGCAAGACCUUAGCAAAGAUUCAAUUUCAUAUAUUAAAUUGAUCGUUUUGCCCCUUUAACUUAAUCUAAUGCUCAUUAGAUGGCGUCAAAGAGAAUUUGAAAUAGAGGUGUAUUGUCAAAGAAAACUUUGUAAAACUUUUAGAACGCCAUUUGACUUCGAUCUUUAUUCUUUCACUAAUACGUGUUCAAAUUGUUAAAUAUGAAACAGUUUUAAUUAUGUGUCGAAACAUGACAGUAAAUUAAAUUUACGUCGCUACAAAGUUUUCUUUGACAAUACACCUCUAUUUCAAAUUCUCUUUGAUGGCGUGGUGUCAACUCAUAAAAAAUCUUCGGAACAGCCGACUCGAAAUGAUCUAAACUAGUGGCUAAGCUCUGUGAGCUGUAGACUUCACGUUAAGAUUCAUAAUUAAAAAAUUAAAACAAAAAAUACUUACUUCUUCGAGUCAUUAUUUUGAGUAUGAAUUUGUCACUGAAUAUGAAUUGUCAUUAUUUUGAGUAUUAAUAUGAGUUGAACUUUAUUGCUAAUGUCGACUCCAUAUCUUGCUAACGUCUUACCGUGCGAUAAAAACUCCGAUGCCUAGUCAUUAUGACAGCGUACUCGUAAUGGUCUUAAGAGUCAUAGACGCUAAUGACACUUAAGUCCUUUAUGCCAAUUUCCACCUAUAUAAACAUUUCCAAAAAUUAAACUACAGAAAAAUUAUAUUUAACUACUGAAUCUGUAUCUCCUCACCAGAUUUCAUUAGAAUCGGUUGAGAAUUGCGACCUUGAGAACGGAGGCCGUUGCUAACCCUUGUGCAUAAAACUUUACGAGACUGAAUUAGUUAAAUUAUGUUUUAUCCCUUUCUUACAAAUACAUAAGUCAAAAUUACAGAUAAAGACAAACGAUUCAUAGCUAAUUUUGGCUUGUAAUGCGUUUAUGAAUAACGCCAAAUCAAUCAAUCAUUCAAUUUACCCGAUGCGACGACUUGGAUUAUCGAACAGAGAAAAUCCAACCUUUUGUUAACGGUUUAUGAUUCAAACUCAUGCAAUACGCUAGGUUAUGUAUUGAAUACACAUUAUUAUAGGCAAAGAGGACGGCCCAUUCUCCAUACAAUCGUAAUCCCCAUUUUCCUCCCUGGAUAUUGACAUUUUGAACAAUAUUUUUAGAUAAUUUUGAUGUAUAUUAACCAUAGCUAUGCCCUAACGUUAGACUUUUUUCGAUUUUUGUAUUAUAAAAAUUACGAGCGAAAACAGAUUUCAUAUAAAUUUGACAUGCUUCUGAUUCCUAAAAUAAUUAAAAAAAAAAAAAACGUAGGGGCAUAUCUGUGGUUGAUAUACAACGAAUCGUGUUAAAAUAAUUUCACAAAUGUUAAUAUUCAGAGAGGAAAAUGUGGACUACGUUUGUAUGAAAAGGUAAUUUCGCUAAUCUCCCACUUUAGUCUUAAGACCGUGAGUCACGGUCCGUGACAAAGACAAUUACCAGUCUUAAUUAUAUACAUGUCUCUACUAAAAGUCAAUGUUCGAAUUUCUUCAUACUUGGUGGUCGGCUUUUAUAAUGUAUAACGUGACAUCACUUAGCCCAUUCUGUCUUUCUCUAACUUGAGAGUUUGAUAGAGAUAGCAACAUGUUUCAGUGCAAACGGUUAUGAGCCUUAUAGGAAUGCACUGACCGAUUAAAAAAAAAUUACCUUAAACUCAUCGAUUCAAAUUAAAAUUAGUAUUUACGGUAUAUUGUUUUUGUAAAAAGCUUUCGUUCUAAAAAAAUCAGUUUGUUAGACUUUGAAAUAAUGUAUCCAAAUAUUAUUUUGUAAUUUUUGUAUAGAUGAAUAAGUUUAAAGAAAAAAUCGGGGUUUUAAGUUUUAAAAAGUCGCCAUCACGCUAUUAUAUAUAUCGGAGUGGCCAAGGGGCUCACAAAUAUCUAUACAAUAGAGCUCGUGGUUUAGUGCAAAUUAUUGAAACUGCAAUUAUGACAGCUAAAAUAGAUGGCGCUGUAAACACUGCAGGUUUAGAAUUACGCACUAAUUUACAUCAAAGAGAAUUUUGUAAUAGAGGUGUAUUGUCAAAGAAAACUUUGUAGCGAAGUAAAUUUACUGCCAUCUUUCUACACAUAGUUAAAAUUUUUAGAACGCCAUUUGACUUUGAUCCUUAUCUAUUCACUGAUAUAUGUUCAAUUUGUAAAUAUCAAAAAGUGGCGCCAUCUUACCGGGCAUCAGCUAAAUAUUGUGGCGCCAUCGCUCGAAACGAUGCUGCCAUACAUUUGGCCUAUCAUCUUCGCUACUUUUUGAUAUUUAAAAAAUAAGGAUCUAAGUCACAUGACGUUCUAAAAGUUUUAAUAAUGCGUCGAAAGAUGGCAGUAAAUUUAAGUCACUACAAAGUUUUCUCUGACAAUACACCUCUAUUUCAAAUCCUCUUUGAUUACAUUUAUCUACGGCUAUUGUUAAUCUUACACAAAAUUAUUCGGUAUUUUCUUUAAACUAAUUCAAGUAAAAUGUUAGGUUAAUUGUUAUGUUGAAUUUAUUUAUUACUCUAUUAUUAAAACGACUGCAUUUAAUCGUUACGGCAUACGCCGAUUAUUAAAUGCACGUGCA